AUGACAGAUAUCGAAAUCGAUCAGUUGAUGAAACAAGAGGAAACAACGGUGCACAACAUCCGAACCACCAGCACCAGUAACACCAUCUGCAACAGCAUCGGCACCAGCGACGGCAUCGGCACCGGUAACACCAUCCGCAUCACCAGCAAAGGCAUCGGCACCAGCAACGGCAUCGGCUUGGCAGGUUCAGGAGCAGAUGGUCUCGAAUGCCCGUGUAAGCGCAGUCGGUCUGGAGGAGGAAGAUAUGGCGGUGGCGAACAGUGGCAUGGGAGUGGGAACGCCAACAGAGAUACCAGCAAUACUGGAAAUGAUGGUCAUUAUUCCUCUCAUUCGAAACAUCACACAAGCAAUCGAAAUACUGGCACCGGCAGCAGCAACAACAGUAACUGGUGCCAAAGAAAUAGUUCCAGCAGCCAUCGAAAAUCUGAUAGUUCCCAGUUCCAAAAUGAAACGUCCGUGCCAUUGGGGAGUCCUAGGCCAGCCUUGGAGAUGGAUUUGAAGCACCAGCUGCCACCAGUGUCCGCGAUUGAUUUCGAUGAACCUUCGCUCCAAUCAGUGGAAAUAACAAGCACACAGGAGAGGAAACAACCGAUCGAGGGCAGUAAAACUGGUGCAGUUUCCGGGGUGCUGAUUGGACACCAAACAGUCUCACAAGCGGGGGGUUUCAGAGAUUUCCAGAUGUGGAGCAAACUAAAGCUUUUGAGGACGAGCGGAAUGAUUCCCGGCCGGAGAGUAAAACGGAAAUGUCCCCUCAGGAGACGGAAUUGAUCAAACUGAUUCAAAGCGGCGUUAAAAAUGAUUGGUGAUACUGGGCAGCCAUCCUGUUCAGCGGUGUUUAAACUCGCCUCGGAAAGAAUCAUUCGGCUGAUUUUUUCCGAGUUUAACUUGUUGUGUGCAGAUUGAUUUUAUCUUCGUUCCAAUCAUGACGUGAUUGCACACAAAACAAAGAGAACAGUUCCGAGUUGAUGUUUUCCCCUCCUCGCAGGAAUAAAAUCACACCAAUGAAACAACAGAACGAAGCUUACCGUACACGAAUGCUCACGAGCGAUCGUUGCCCGACGGACCGAGUUAACAUUCCUCGCACCCUUCUCUCGCUCGUUUCCCGUUCCCUUGUAUCUAUCACUUUUAGCCACGCCCCCAUGCGUUGUCCGAUUGAUGUGUUCGGCUGCCGAACGAAAACGAUUUUUUCUUUAAUUCGCUGAACUGUUCGUUUGCUUCGCUGAUGUUUCUCCCCCGAUUGCUGUUUACUCCUGCCGAGUUUACCCGAAGCUUACUUCCUGAUCAGUGAUGCCACAUUUUAAUCGGUAUUUUGGAACCCAAAAAAAUCUUUUAUCGGUAUAGAAAACCCAAAAAUCGGUAUGAAAAUCGGUAUUUGAGGUGGAUUUUAAAAAAUGCUUACAUUUUCAAGUUCCCAACGUAUUUUUAAUACAAAUGGAAGCUUGCAAUAAAAAGCAAGUCUAAGAACUCUUAUGAAUGAUAAUUUUUAAUUUUAUUGUAAUAUUGGCUAUUUUUCGGUCUAGGGAUUCAAUCAAACAACUUAGUUUUUGAAAUGCCCGACGUUUCGACCAUUUUUGGUGGUCUUUCUCAAGGGAAUUAUC